AUGACGCGAUCACCGGCCUCGAUGAAGGAGUACAAGAAGUUUUUGAUCAAUUUUACGGUAACAGAUUACAUAGAAAAAACUUUAAUUUUAUGUCAGCAAUGUCAGAGAAUCUUGUGUUGACGCUUUGCUUAUUUAGAUACACGACAUGAUGUUUGCAAUAAGUUAUGGCUUUCUUUUCGGACCUCAGUCGAUAUUUCCAGUUAGUGGGGCUGCUGUCAGUGGAGUUUUUCGAUUUUUUGGGGACACUGGAGCAAGGUUAUCAGUAAGGUCAUCAUUUUUGGUCCUGGUGAAGGUUAAGUGCAGAGCAAGUCAGGGCUUUCAUUUAGGAAUAGAUCGUCCCAAUUCUUUUACUCACUCCCACCUUAUCAAAGCGAUAUAUUCCUAAUCCUACAUAUCUAGCUAGCACUUGGCCAUAUCACUAAUUUCAGUUCGCCGUAGUCAUCGUUACCGGCAGUAACAUGAUGCUGGCGCAAUGUUUUUGCCUUGCAUAUCGCAUGUCUGUUAUGUUGGACAACAAAUGCUUCAACCGCUUUCUACUCUCCAUUUUCUGUUGGUGCUUAUUCUACGGUGUUAAAGUGCCGAUCAAUUUGUUUGUUGGGUACCUGUUUACGCUGCUGGCAGUGCCUCAAGCCAAGAUUUGGGAGAAAGUUGAGUAUUACAAUCAAACCUUUCCCGAGUCACCAUACCCGAUACUUUAUGUGGAUCCCUUCGAAAUGUUUACAAUCCUCCUUUUUGGUUUUGUUGUCUUGGCGUUGGCUGGAAUGGAGCUGUUUCAAAUUGCAUUCGUCUUUUUUAUCCUCAGGGCAUUGGAAUCGAAGAAAGCGGCGCUGACGGAGAAAAGUUAUCGGCUUCAGAAACAGCUGACGUUUGCGUUGGCUGCACAGGUAAGGAGGGCUAGAAAUACCAGUCAGCCCAUUAUUUUCCCGACAUACUUAUAAGCCAGUAGUCAGCCCAAACGCUUCGAUAAUCUAAUUAAUCGUUGCCUUUCAGCUAGUCGUCCCAAUAGUCCUUAUAUUCUUCCCCGUCUCGUAUGGCGUUAUCUGCCGCUAUGUGGGAUCGGAUCCCUCUAAAAUGGCUGGUGAUAUCGGCUUCUUCCUCUUCGCUACAUACGGUGCUUGCAACGCAUUACUCACGAUCUUCUUUGUCAAGCCAUAUUACGAUUUUACCCUGCGGAAAUUGCAGAGAAUUUUUUGGUGUUUCAAAUUCGAACCUCCGAAAAAGCACAGCAUUGUGGUUCUACACAGUAUUAACAGCUACGCCAGCAACGUUACAGCAAACAAUUAUUAG